UUCAAAUUUGAUAUUUGCAAAAGUUUUUUUUUCAGAUCAGUGUAUUCAUGGAUGUGUUAUUAUUGACCUAAUUAGUCCCCUAUACAGUUUAGACUAAUUGUGCAAUUUUGCUAAAAAUAGCAACGUUUCAUUUCUUCAUUUUAUUGUAAACUAGCCAAGGCAAAAUUCAGUGCAUUCAAAUUUCUUACAUUUGUAAUACUGUACAUUACAUACAAAUUGUGGCCAUUAAAUGUCAAUUAACCCUUUUUGCAUAUAGGUUAACUGUGAACUAAAUGUGUGUAGAUUUAUAGUGGUGUAGGUUAUACCUUCCAGGAUAAGAUAUUUUACAACAUUGAUUAGUGCGCACCAUCUCAUGUUCACCAGCAGGGAGCAGGCCUUGUUUGACAUUACACGUAACAGAGGAAAUCAGUAAUCAUGGAAACAGAGUAGGGUAAUCAGCACUGCAGAAAUUACAGUUUCUUCGUGGGACACAACAUUUGUGGUUGACUUUGAACAGACUUUAUAAUAAAUAAUUUGUAUUUAAAUAUAUAAGAUAUAUGAUGUCCUCAUUAAAAUUAAAUAGACAUAUCAAACAAUAUUAUUAUUGAUCAAUAAACAUGUUUCACUGCAGCUAAAAUUGAUCUAAAAUCACUUAACAAAACGUAUUUGAAAAACUGGAGGCCGAGGUGCAAUAAAAAACACCUAUUUAAAAAAAUAAAAUUUUAUGGUAUGAAAAUCACAUUCACAGUCAUUUAUAUAUUUUAUUAGCAUGCUACACUCAGUUCAUUAUAAUCAAUAUAUUUACAAUCAAUACAAUAAAUAAAUAAGCAAUACAAUACACCACAAUAAACCAUACACUGUAAAAUAUACAUUUGCGGCAUUUAGCUGACACUUUUAUCCAAAGCGACUUAUAGUUAUGACUGAGUACAAUUUGAGCAAUUGAGGGUUAAGGGCCUUGCUCAGGGGCCCAAGAGUGGCAACUCUGAGCUACCACUGCCUCAUAACAGUUAUAUAGCCAUAACAGUUUAGCAAAUUAACACUGAUCUGUCACAUUCUCAUUUGCACUGUGAAAUUCAUAAUCUAACCCAGUAUUCUCUGUCUUUAAUUUUAGUACUGAAUGUUACCAUUCAGUGCUAGUUUUUUAAAGUGUGAAAAACUUAGUUAUUAGUUAGUUAUUUGUAAUUAGAUCGCCCCUGUAAUUAGCAGUUUUACAUAGUGUACAAAGAAGAAAGUUGAUUUUUGAAGAGGUGUAUGAUGCGUAUUAGAAUAAUAGAAAAUAACCUGAAAUGCUUGUUUGUUUAAUAACCUUCAAAAUCAAAAGCCUCUGUAUUACUAAUUUUAUGAGCAAGGCAUGGAAAUGCAUUGCUAGCAAUUUUCAGGCAGGAUGCCAUAAAAGCAUAGGCCCUACUAAUUACACAACACAUCUUGUUUUUAUCCAGUGCAUUAAAAUAAUUAAAGUUUUCCAUAUCAAAAGAUCAAAAGAUAUUGAUUAUCAUCGGGAUUCAUUAGAAUGUAUUUGACAAAUAUAGGCAUGUAUCUUAAGUUAUAGGCCUAUAUUAAAUUCAGUCAUAUAUCUAAGAACCUUAAUAUAAUGCAUCUUAGUUGUAUUCCAAAGCCAAAAUAUUUUGAUAUAUAGUCCAGAUGUAUAGGCCUACAUUCGAUUAAUACCACAGUAACGCUAUUAAUAGAGCUUUGACCUACAAACGUAGCCUAUUGUCCCAGGUAUUUUACUGUGAAUAUCUGGUAAUAUAGCACCUACUAAAAUAUAUAAGGAUAUUAUAGCAUAAAAUACCGAAUAUAAUUUAAAGGAGAUUCCAUAACACAAAGUGGCAGCAAUAAGUGAACUCUGAUUCAGAGCUUGUUAUGCUCAAGGUAGACGUCUAGGAACGCAACGAGGAAGGGAGGGGGUUGAAGACUGGCGAGGAAAACGGGGGCUGACGGGCGCAGACACCGCUUGUGACUGUCCGGAGACCUAACCAGACUGAGCUAGCACACAUCAAAUAUUCACAUUACCGGAUUUAAGGUAACAAAUAGUCUAAUUGGAGGCAAACAAGACAAGAGAGAGAAGCGGAAAGCAAUAAAAAAUACGACACAGAAAGGGAGCUACCGUUAUCAAGGCUGAGAGCAGAAGACUUAAUUCACAUUUUAAUAGAUUUACAUUGUACGUUUGGUCUAGUCUGAAGUAUUGAGCUAAAAAGCGAAUGUUAGCUUGCUUAGCUAUCACCCCAAACACUGACUUCGGAGAAAGGAUAUACAAGAUAUGAGCACCUAUUUUGUAAAUCCGUUAUACUCUAAAUAUAAAUGCACCGAGACCUUGGAACCAACUUACUACGACUGCACGUUCUCCCAGUCCGUCGCUCGGAGCCAUGCACUAAUUUAUGGAGCUGGAACAACAACUCCGGGAUUUCAACGCGCGCCCCAUCACGUUCAAGACUUCUUUCACCAAGGCACAUCUGGACUCUCGACGCCGGGCUAUCAGCAAAAUCCUUGUGCCUUGGCGUGCCAUGGCGAUUCCACAAAAUUUUACGGUUAUGAAGCAUUUCCGAGGCAAACGCUUUAUGGGAGUCGGCAAGAGGCAAGCCUGGCGCAAUACCCAGACUGUAAAUCUUCCUCUGGCGCGAAUCUAGGAGAAAGACAAGGCCAUUUGAAUCAAAACCCGCCUGGUAUUAUGUUUCCCUGGAUGAGACCCCAUGCACCAGGAAGGCGUAACGGCCGGCAGACAUACAGUCGCUACCAAACACUGGAGCUUGAGAAGGAGUUCCUGUUCAAUCCUUACCUCACGCGCAAGCGACGUAUUGAAGUGUCGCAUUCGUUGAAACUAACUGAGCGACAGGUCAAAAUCUGGUUCCAGAACCGACGCAUGAAAUGGAAGAAGGAGAACAACAAAGAUAAAUUUCCGAGUCAAAGGGGAGAAGAGGAUGCGGAGGUUGAGGGUGAGGCCGAGGAAGAAGACAACGACGCUGAGGGAGAUGACCAACAAAAAAAGGAAACAGCACAGGAAGAUUCAAAAGAGUGAUUUUAUAACCUACUUUUUAUGGUUAUAUGACUCCAGGUUGAGCGUGUGUGAGAUAGAAAGACAGAGAAUGAGAAUGAGAGAUUACAUUUUACGACCAUAGUUUCAUUGGGUUGGAAAAGAAAACAUUUUGAACAGAUCAUAAAAGCUCUUCCUCUCACUGGAGUUCACCAUAAUGAGAACGAACAUCCGUAGAAAAGUCCUGUGCUCACAAUUUCUUAGGCUACUCCUCACCAUGUUCUUCAGAUAUAGUUCUAAUUCUUAUCCCAGAAAAGAGAAAUGAGGUGAAUGGUGUUUUGGGUGAUGGGACGUUUUACCAUUAUGAAGAACAAUAUGAGACUUGGUUUCUGGGCAAAUCCAUGUAUAUUGUUUUGAAUACUCUGAAUACAAAUAUAAAUAUAUAUAACCCUAACUGGGAAUCUUUAUUAAACAAUCCCUGAAGAAUCUGAGCAAUAAAACAAUUUCCCCUCUCGCUCUCUCUGUACCAAAAUCGUAGUAAUACAAUGGAUUGUUAAAUAUAUGCUUGAUUUUUGUUUUUGACGUUAUCUCAUACAUUUAUUUUAUGUAAAUAUGUUAGUUAUUUUUGUUUUAUCAGUUUUAGGUUUUGUGUAUUUGUGACGCUGGGAAUUUGCAAUAUUACUAUCACAAUUUUCUAAUCAUACUUCAGACUAUGAAGAAUCCAAAACAACGAUAGUAACACCUUUAUCAAUAUUUCGUCAUGCUAAAUUUCGUCGCAUUUGCUUUUAGCAUGAUGUCCACAUUCGAGUUUGGCUCACCGUCUCUUUAGUACUUUUACUUGUAGCAAUUUCUGUUUAGAUUAAAUGUUAUGAAUAUUCAAGUUGUGGACAUUACAGCUAUUUCUUAAAAUGUAACCAUAAGACCAGGGAUUUGGCAAGUGAAGGACUUUCACGACCACACUGGAAACAGUGCGGAAACGCUUGGUGAAAAAUUAACUGUAAAACAGCAUAUUUAAGUUAUUGUGUAACAUUGACCCCUAUAGAAUGUUUUUUGUUUGUUUGUUUAUUUGUUUUUUUGUUUUGCACUGUGUAUGUGUUAACUGGGUUACAUGUCGAAUACAUUGGCCUAAUUAUGGAUUUGUAUAAUUAAGCAUCGCAAACUAUGUAAUUGCAAAGUCAAUUUUUAUUCCUUUGUUUAACAUUUCUAUCCGUACUGAAGUUCAAACAUAUAUGAAUGUAAAAACAAAUUAACAGUUCACUUUUCUUUCAGUCAGCUUGUUAGCCCAUAUCGUAUGACUUCCCCAUUACAGAAUAAACAUAAACAUAAACACAUGUUUAAUAUAAAAUCUAUAUUGUUUAUUCAAAUUUAGAAAAACAGCCAGAGAUUAGGCGUUUAUAUUAAAUCACACACAGUGUAUAAUAUGAACUAAAAAGCGAUUCUCGCGCAAAAUUCAGAUUAGCGAGUCGACGCGAUUUCAUUGAAUUUUAAUGCUAAUGAAGUUGUAAGAAAAAGUACCACCGGUUAAAUGUAACUUUUAUUGUUUUCAUACUAAUUGAUAAGCCUUUAUCUUGACGUGUCUUGGCUGUGAAUGAUGUGAUAAGACAGGGACAUCAAAAUUGUACGGUCAUUCUGUGUUUUGGGUUGCUGGUGAAAAAAUUCUCGAAUAUUCCGUUUUUAGAAUAUCAGAUGUGCUACAAAAGCAAUCGUAAUGCCGAGAUCGUGGACUAUCCUCUAUAACGAUUGGUGGGUAAUGUACAAGUCUAUGAGCUCUUGGUCGCCAUAGGAAACGCCAGCACUCGGGUAAUGGAACACCCAUAAGUUUGCCUAGGGCUGGCUGUGCAACAUGUAGAUUGACAGUUUGGUCCGCGUCCUUGUUGAGCAUUAAUAACCUUGAAAGACCGAGGUUCGGUUAAAAUGUAAAAAAAAACAAAAAAAAAAAACAUACAUUAUGUAGCUCGUUAUAUUGUUACACAAACAGUGGUCCAUGAAACAUGCUAUGGUAGACUUCUGUACGCAUUCGAGGUAUUGUCAACUCCAAACAAACAAACAAACAAAAAAACGAUAGGUCAGAUAAUACAUUUGAACAGCUCCACAAAUGAUCUAAUGUGUAGGCAAUAGAGCUACACCGUUUUGCAAUACUUCGCAGACUGUAUUCAGACAACCUCUAAAUAAUGUGCUCUAUACGAAAUCUGCAAUCUUUCAUACAUUCAUCUUUAUUUACAAGAUAAUUUUAACAUUAUUGCCCAUAAACAUGCAAAAUAAUCAAGAUUAGGAAUGUUCUCAUUAGCUUCAAAUAUAGGCCUAACGUUAACAUAAUGACCAGACCAAAUCUUUAACAUUAUUUUAAUAAUAGUAAUGCGUCGCAAACACUAACUUUAAAAAUAGACAAACUUCAUAAGGCAGGAUUAAAUUCGAAUAAUAUCAAAAUAGUGAGACUAAUUUUGUUAAAUUUAAAUUUUACUUUUGUGAAACGUCUUGAUAAGAAAACCUCACGACUACAUGCAAUAUUCUGUCCCACACAGACGAGACAAAUUUCAGAUUACAUGCAGGCAAAUGUCUUUGUAGUCACUGCUGGCAUUCCGGAAGUUUUCUGGGGAAGUGACAGCUGUCUGAGAGUAUUGUCCACCCGUCAGACCUUUGUACUUUCACAUUGCUACUGGAGGAAGACUCCUAAAAUGGUUGUAAUCGCCUGUAAACUUUAUUGGUGGCCCAUAAACCCAUUAGUGUCUCUACACAGCGAAUUUCUCCCCAUGCAGAAACAUACACACGCCUAAUUCGGAUUCUGACAGGAUUUCCAUGGAACAUAACGUUGAGUAAUAUAGAUUUUAACCCAUCUUCUUCGUUUUACUUCAGAUGGUUACAAAGCAAGACCGUUUAAGAUGUUCUCAAUAUACCUCAUACAAGAUACGGAAUAUCUAAUGAAAUGAAUCACCUCAGGUACUUAUUACCUCCCCCGCCCUCCCCUUGGGUGACUACGCUUUAGACAAGUUAUCUUGCGUCACAGGAGCGGCGUGGGAACGAAGAUGAAACAGACGUGGGCAAGAGGUGUUUCACGUUUGGUUGAGCACUCUGAACAAGACAUGGGCUUGUACAGCAAUGGAGAAUGAGCAUGAUAGAAUGAUUCAGGUUAACUGGGCACUGCCCAAGAGCCGUUGGUUUGGCAGACCUGUCAAUACUGAGGACCAUCGACCUCUAAGACCAUCUCCACUCACCAGCAUGCCUUGGUGUGAUCAGUCCAGCAUAUCUACUCCUGUCUGUCCCACCAGAAAAUGGCGGUGAUGGUGGCAAUCCUGAUGUUCUUCUAAGACCUAUGACCUUCUCUCUCACACACACACACACACACACAGACACACAGACACACACACACACACACACACACACAGACACACACACACACACACUGCUUUCCCCUUCCCACACCACUUCCCUUUUUCUCACAAACACCUCAACCCUUCAAAUACCUUCCCUCUGCUGGUAAUAAUCUAGAGCUUGUCUGAAUCCAACUGACUCUGGUCUCUUGAUUUGGGCUUGCUUUCUGAGCUCAAAGAGGACUGGACAGACAGGGGUCUGCUGCACUUAGACUGAACAACAAACUAAAGAACCUUACAUCAAGAGAACUUGAUGCUGAAGCUGUUUCUUGACACUGACCAAGAAAUUAAACAACACAGAUCCCUGUCUGAACAAUUUAUAAAAAGAAAAGCUCAAAAGACAACUUGGAUCAGAAGCAAAUGUCUUACAUGAAAACAAUAUGCUAAAGAUUUCUAUAGGCCUACCAGUGUUCAAGACUAGCUGAGGUAUAUUGGCUUUGAAGCCCUGAUCAAAGGCAGGACAUAACCUUGUUGAGUAAUUACAACAUUUCUGCAUAAUUCCCCAACCAAAUCAUGGCUAAUGACUUCUCAUUCCACAGAGUAAAAUGAAGACAGAGGCUCUUAGCAGAGACACUAACUAAACCAAUAAAUAGGUCACUAAUAAGAACAGAAGGGAAAGACCAUAGAAAGAGCAGAGGGCUGGUGAUUAGUGUUGUGCACAGGGACAGCUUGGGCCAAUAAUCUGUCUCAUUUUUGGCCAGGCUGUGACAUGGUAAAAACAAGAAUGGGCCAGGGUAGAUGGAUUUGCUCACCACCCCCACCCCAAACUGUAUCAAUCUGAAUUAAUGUGCAUCUGAGUACUCUGAUUGCAGUCACGUCUGCAUGACCUGAGUGUGCAACUAUUUGUAUUUAUGAUGAAUGGGGAUGCACCACAUUUGUCUGAAGGACUACACAUGUCUGAUAGGUGCAAUCCAUAGGUGUGCACUGAGUGUAUCUUCCUACUCUUUGUGGGUGAGCAGUGAUGGGUGGCAAUAUAUUCUCUAUACAGCAAUAUUAUACAGCAGAACAAAAGAGUCAAAUAAGAAUUAGCCUAACUUAGCCUAAUUAGCCUAACAGCUCUUUUUAUAAGAAAACACUUAAGGA